AUGGGACUUGGUCUAGCUCCCGAAGUUUUAUCUCAAAUGUGUGAGGUGGCACGGGGCGGUAGAAUAGGGGGAGGGGAGUGGUUGGCGCGUCCGUCCGCCCGCACCGCCACCGCAUCAUCAGUCCGCGUCGGAGAGUUGCCCGCGACGGUUGUCUGCGAGCUCGAUCCCUCAGAUACGCUGCUGGAUUUUUACGACGCAACCAGUUCCGGAUCAGCUCAGCCGAAUAUCGGGAUGAAAGUAGUUAGUCUGCAACUGCCAUCUGGGCCAAGUAUGGAGCGGUUACCGCUUCCAUUCAGCCCUACGGAGCUAUUAUGGCGGUACCCACUACCUUGGGCCCCGCCACCACCUUCGCCGUUAGGUGAUGCGAAGGCACAACUACCGGCCGGUCUUCCUCCAGAACCAAGAUUAUGGACUAGGGAAGACGUAGCCGUUUUCAUUAAAUGGUGUGAAAGAGAGUUCGACUUACCAAACUUCGAUAUGGAUCUUUUUCAAAUGAAUGGUAAGGCUUUAUGCCUCUUGACGAAAACAGACUUGGGCGAACGUUGCCCAGGUGCGGGGGACGUUCUACACAACGUUUUGCAAAUGUUAGUACGUGAUGCAGCUUUAUUAGGAAGAGUUCCUUCAUCGCCUGUAACACCUACGGCACGAGCUGCACCCUAUCCACCAUCUCCACACUCACAUCCGCCAACUCCUACGUGGGCGGUUGAUGGUUUCCAUCAUUUUCAUAGUGCCGCAGCAGCAGCUGCUCAACCUAACUCAGUGACGUUAAGUCCUGCUCCAUCAGUCGAUAGUUCAGGGAGUCCGCAAAGAGGAGAGGCGAACCCCAAUUCGCUCCACCUCCACGAUCUCCAAAGGAAGCGCCGCUUGUCAGUCCCGCACCACAAGUCCACGCAGCGCCCCAGCACUCACAUUAUCGUGCGCAACACAGAGAAUUCUUUCCAAAUGAUAUGCCUGAAUCCAAUACAAAUGGAAGAUUACUUUGGGACUUCCUUCAACAACUACUAA